GAGGAUAGAUGAACACGGGGGGGUUUCAAGCAUCGGUAUGCCUGCCUUCCUCAUUUCCAGUCCAGACAUAGUUCCUGGUCCUCCGGAUAGAAAAAACAGCUGAGGUGUGUUUGUAUGUGUGUGUGUGCGUAUUUUAAACAUCAGUCACCCCGCACACAGCCUUCAUCCUCUCAGCUCACGGCAUUCUGCUGUGAUCUUACUGCAAGAGGACCAGACAGAAACUGAGACAAGAACAAGCGGACAUGGAAGAGUGCUGAAAAGAAGGUAAAGGAGAGGCAAGAGGAAACAGGAAGAAGGAGCAGGAGGACAGCAUAAAAAGGACAUAUCAUGCUAAAUAUCUUUUAUCCUCAAUUCCUUUACGCUGAACAUUACGCAACAAUGUGUUCUCACUGGAAGCUGUGAUUCUGUGGACUAAAGACAGAUAAGAGAGAGCUUCAAUCUGUGCUUCUGCAGCUGCAGCAGAUGUUGAGGACAUCCUUGACUUUAUAGGGAGCGGAGGCAUUUCGAGCGCAGACUGGAAUUCCUUUAAACAAAGUCACAUUUCGUCCUAGACAUUUUCCUUUUUAUGCCUUCAGCUGGGAAGUCUGCUCUACCAAGAAAAGAAGGAAUACACAUGUUUGUUUUUGUGCGUUCAUCUGUUUUUCGCUGGUGAUUUCUGUAUCUUUGUAUAAAACCACCAAGGACAAGCCCAGGGGCUGCUUCACCUUUUCCCGUCCUUUUUCAUCCCUCCUGCAUUAGAAAUGGCAGAUGGCAUCAGUGUCUUUAUGGAAUCGCAGCAUGGAGCUUUUUGUAUGGACUGAAAUCACUCUGCUGCCCUCAGCAUCAGCUGGCUACCUUAGUUAUAGAGGGUUCUUUGGUUCAUCCCACCCUUAAAGGGCCCCUCAGCAACGUAUUCCUGCCCAAGAUGAUGAAUUACUCCCAUGAUCCACUGAACCAAAGCUCUACUGACCCGUCAAACUUAUCUGCUCCCUUCUGCCUGCUGGAGAUAGGCUAUUCCCACAUUUUCACCGUCUGCCUCCUUGAAGUCUCUAUCAUAUGUUUGCUCACUGUUCUUAUUAUAUGUGGUAACCUUGUGGUGAUUUUUGUGUUUCACUGUGCACCCUUGCUUAGCCAGCACACCACUAGUGCUUUCAUCCAGACCAUGGCAUACGCUGACCUGCUGGUGGGGGUCAGCUGCCUGUACCCCUCCCUGUCCCUGCUCCAUCACCUCCAAGGCCUCGACCCCGAACUCACCUGCCAGGUGUUUGGCUACAUGGUGUCUGUUUUGAAAUCGGUUUCAAUGGUGUCGUUAGCGUGUGUGAGUGUAGACCGCUACGUCGCCAUCACACGACCUCUGACUUACGCGUCUCUCGUGACACCGUGUCGAGUGCGAUGCUGCAUCGUGCUGAUAUGGUUGUACUCUGCUCUGGUGUUUCUCCCGUCUUUUCUCGGGUGGGGGAAGCCCGGAUACCAUGGUGACGUGGUGGAGUGGUGCGCAGUUGAGUGGAAGACUAGCCCGGCUUUCACCACCUUUAUCGUUGCACUGCUCUACGCCCCGGCUGCCCUCACCGUUUGCUUCACCUACGCCAACAUCUUCAAGAUCUGCCGACAGCACACCCGAGAGAUCAGCGAGCGCCACGCACGUUACCGACCCCAACAGCUGCAGGGUCCAGGACUGACUGUUGGAUCUGCGGUCAAAGACAACAACGAAGUAGGGCACUUGCCACAAUUGUCUGAACCAGACAAAUCCCAGCCCCAGUAUCAGCAGCCCACAUCAACAUACCCGGACAAGCGAUACGCUAUGGUACUGUUCCGCAUUACCAGCGUGUUUUACAUCCUCUGGUUGCCCUACAUCCUCUACUUUCUGUUGGAGAGUGCUGGGAUCUACCACCACCCUGCAGCCUCAUUCCUAACCACAUGGCUUGCCAUCAGCAACAGCUUCUGUAACUGUCUCAUCUACAGCCUCUCCAACUCUGCUUUCCGGAAGGGCCUCAAACGCCUCUGCUCCUUCUGUUUACACGGCAGUGGUCGUGGCUUUGGGACUGGGAACACCAAAAAAGCUUUUGUGGGUUCUGUAGAAAAGGGAUGUGGAGUUCCCGGGUAUGGAUACGGUCAUGGGGAAAUAAGUAUCGGCACAACAUGUCAUGUGUAGGGCACACCGAGAGGAAGCCUGAGUGUUGGCAUUUGAACUUUUGAACGAUGUGAUUGCUGUAAAAUGUCUCUUCUUUAAGCUUAAAGUGGAGUGAAACGAUGAAAGGAGGCGUUGAUCUGCCACUGAUGUUUCUGUGGCAUUUGGAGGUUACGCAGGCAUCCUUUCUGUGCACGCCACAGCUGGCAAACACAAAGAAAGGGAGUCGAGAGCAGAGCACUGAAGUAGAAAAGGCCUUAAUAGCCUUGCAAGGUGUUUUUAAAAUGGCCAAGAAAACCCAGUAUGCUGUACUGUGUAUGGACAGAGGUUAUGGAUGGAAGGGGUUGGAAAGGAAGAGACAAAUCUGUCUAAAACCAAUGGAGAACAAACUAUUUUGAGGUUGAACAUUUUCUUUUACGGGAAGUGAAUCCUUAACUUAUUUUUGCCAAAAACUUUGCAAGAAAGGUUUGCUGAAAAGCUCUAUGUGUAACCCAAUAAGUAGCACAGUAUGUUAAAUGCAAAAAAAAGAGAUGAAUGCAAACAUAGAAACAGUUGACUGCUGUGUUUUUUUAAGUGAUGUCCUGAGGUGAACUGCCAAUAGCAAGCCCCUGAAAUAUUUUUGUACAUGCUCUCUAACCCUCAGUAUCUAUACACAAAAAGUAGUCCAACAGUGUGUCUGUGUAACGUGGUUUUGUUUUGUGUCUUGUUGACUGAAGGGCUGAGCCUAGUCAGUCGAAAAAAAAUGAAUAGAAAGUACGGAGGUCUAGACCCUGUGCAUGUGUCAUUUUCUAAACUGAUUAUGGCAACUUCAUGACAUCUAUCCUUCAACUUGAAUAAGAUAAUAUUUCAGAGUGUUCUGAUAGUCUGUCUUUACCCUGCUACCCAGUUUAUACUGCUGUUCAGUUGUCAAAAAGUUAUAUUUCCAGUGAAUUCAUCCUUUAAUUAAUACGUCAAGUCGUUGUCAGUUUUAAUUUGUCUUUCCUCAUUAAUUGAAUCAAAAAGAUUCCACAACAACAAUAACCAAAAUGUAAUCCAUGUGAGAUUCAUUACAUUCUGUUUUAGUGGCUUUUUAAAAGAAAAUCUAGUUGUUGUAAUCCCCCAAAGGUUUUGCAUAAAUACAACUAGAUCUAACUUAGCAUCCCCAGUUAGCCAUUAUAAUAGUUUCUGCAUCUAUCAAACCUUAGCGCUGAAAGCACGAUGAAGAACUAAUCUGGCUGCUCAGUUUUGUUCUAUUUGAAGUUGCAUCUAACCAAAUGGCUGGCAGUGCUCCAGAUGUGUUGUGCUGCAUUGUGUCUGGGUGAAUAAUUUUCCCGCACACGAACACAGGCGAUUCAAAUGUAAACAGAACAGACAAACGGUCCAUUCACUCUGCCAGAGGGCCAAGCAGUGGUUAAACUCUGACCUCUGUACAGCACCAUGAAGAUGAACCGACCCUCAUCUCCCUGGUGUUCAGUAGUGUGUGUGUGUGUGUGUGUGUGUGUGCGUGUGUACACAAGUGUCUAUGUGUGUCCAUGUGUGUUUAUCCCUUGUCCCCAUGUGAAAUGUUGUGCGUGGUUCUCAUUCUUAUCUGUACAUACUGUGUCAUACAAUUGUGAAAAAUGAUCUCUACUUUGAACCAUGGAGACUCAUGUCACAGUUUAUUUAGGUGCAGAUAAUCCAAUUUAAUCCAUGUUAUGUAAUCUACCAAAGACAUUUUGACAGAUACUCUAGGAUGAUAUCUGAAUUUAGUAGAAUAAACGUUUUUCUUUGUACACAAAUUUAGGUCCACUGCACUGUGUUGGCUCAGUGACGCCUUGCGUGCACUUUCUCAGUAUAAAUUGAUAUAUUGUUGCCUUGAUACACAAACGAAAUAACCAGGGAACGUUUUUUCCUUAUUUCUUCGGAGGGCUUAAUAUGUAGACGUGCAACUGUUCUUAGAAAUGUCCUUGGAAACUAAAUGAAAAUAUACAUUAGCCAGCCUCGUUUCCACGCUCAGUAAAAAAUAGCAUGACCACCAUUGGCUGUGUAAAAUUAAAGUCAUUUUUAAAUAUUCAUUGUAACACCAGCUGCCCUUUUAAAAAAAAUCUUUACAAUCAUUGUUUCUUCUGUAAACUUAAAAAAAAAAAAACACUUUUCAUUUUGUGUGCAUUUUAAUUUAUUUUUUUGUGUGUGCCUUUUUCUGUACAGUAUGACUGCGUGUGCAUGUGUGCUAAAUGCGACCAAUGGCUGAAGUGGACUGUUAACAGUGUUUAAGCAAGGGUGCUAACAGAGUUCCCCUGCUUAAAAAGCUUCCCUCACUUUCCUGCAGUAUACUGUAUUUUGUGAGUUUAUGUAAGUAAAAUGUCGAUAAAUCCACAUGUUGUCUUUACUGUAAAUGUUAUGGCUGUCACCUGUGAAGCAUUGCUACGUAUUGUAAUUAUUCUUAUCACUUUUGUUCAGAAAAGGCGUGUGCAAAAAAACAUGUACAGAAAUGGCGUAUUGAAUGUCUUGAUUGUGAAACUACAGAAAUUAAUUUUUGUAAAAUUGAGGUCGAACAUGCGGAUGUUGUGGAGUAGGUUUAGUAGAGUAUUGUUAUAAUAAUUGAAGCUGUGUCUUUAUGUAGAUACACUUUAUUUUACUUGGACAAUUUCUACUGAGAUGUUGAACUAUUGUACAAACAGAUUACUUUGAAUAUGAGGUUCACCACUAAAGAUGUAUAAUUUCCCACAGCUGUUAAUGGUACAAUACCCAAGAAAUGUGCAAGAUGUAGGGCAAAGGGUCUCGAGAAACAUUUGUGCCAGAACAUGCAGCAUUAGCCUUCACACACACACAUUCCCUUUCUCCUGUGGGAAAACAAUCGGCUCUCACGGGAACAACACUCUGGUAAUGGCUGUGUCAAGUUGCAGUGCAAUGUUGGGUAGGAUUAGAGAUUAAAUAGAGAAAAUAGUCAAGAUAGGGAGCAAUUAUGAGUGAGUGCGUACUAACGAUUAUCAGUGAUACUCAGUAGAUAACAUGAACACCAUCUGCAGAUAGGGUUUUUUCAGGUUUGAAAGUUUAAAUAUAAUUAUCCAUUAUUGUUUUUUCAGAGUCCUUAUAUUAUGCACUGUUGUUUAUUUUGAUUUUAGGCCCUUUAAAAGUUUGAGGAUUGCUGCUGCUUCUUAAUCUUCCUCUUCUGGCAUCGUAUCGGUUUGCAAACAGCUUUAGUUGCAGUUCCACUCAGGCUACCCAGAUGUGCAUCCGUCUGAGGAACAAGCACUAUGAAAUCCGAUUUGAGGUGCACAUUUGUAUCAAGAACAUGUUGUUCUUAUUUAAUUACCAACACAGUGAUUUAAACCAACUGAAUGCUAGUUGGUUAUUGUAUCUUAGACCAUCCACAGUCUCACUCUUAUAGUGCACUUUAACACACAUAUUCCCACAAAACUGUAUUUUCUUAUCUUAUUUUUAAAUUAGUAUUGGACAUUUUUUUCUUUGUGUUUUUGUAAGGCUCUAAAUAGGCCACAGAUUACCCCCCACUAAAGUCUGACUCAUGACCCAGCUGUUCUAUGUAACAGAUUUUUAUCACAUUAAGACAAACUGACCACUGUAACAAAAUCCUGUUCUGGAAAUAUCCAAAAGAUGCAGAAAUGUCCCUCUGCAUGUGUUUUUCCUCCACACUGGUAAUGCCCACAACAAUGGGGCUUUUGUACAUUUCAGAUUGAGAAAGUUAAGCCAUUACUCUGUUAGAUGAUAAACCAUGUCAUGUUUCAUGCAUCAGGAGGGUUGAAUUUGUAAGGUUUUUGUAAAAUGUAUGCUUUUUAUAGUUGGAGAAUGUUUGGGUAACGCAAAGGUUAUAUGUUGCUGUCUCUGUGAAAAAAUGUCUAUAUUAAAGAUGUACAUAUUGUGUAUCUGUACUGAGAAAAUAAAUGUAAUGUUAUGUCAAUGUAUUCAAACUUACUUUUUCCUCUUGCUACGAACACAGGUAUUAGGCGCCAUUUUCUUUUAUCAGAUUCUCUACCCUCCCUCAGGUGAAUUGCCAUAAGUAACCUCGACUGAAGUACGUUAACAAACAUGCUUUUGCACAGUUAUAUUUAGUGAGGGGGAAUGCUUGGCUAAACACAGCUGGCUGAAGAUCAAGUAGUGUUGUUCUUCACAAAAGCACUGCAUUUACCCAGAAUUUCCAAUUAUUUCCAAAAGAUUUUUCUGUAUCGGUACAGAUAAGAAUAAAUUGUUUCAAUGUUAACCUGCAGUAACUGUAUCAUAGCAGCACCAUAUUUGUGCAGGCGGUUUUUAUGCUGAAUUUGUGUGCUGACGAAGCUGCUGUGGGAACUGUUAGUGACCUGCAUUGGAAAGUACUGCCAUGAGAGAAUGCAGGCCAUUGUAUUUGUGUCAUUGUGUGUAG